AUGUGGACACAAGCAGUUGCCAUUCUGGCGAUUUUAUCCCAGUGCUUUGGGCAGUUGCUUGCUGAAAUUAUUUAUAGCAGCCAUACAGACGCAAUUUUAAUAGCUAGCAUUUCUUCAGCAAUAAAUCAAAAAUUUUUCUUGAAAGUAGAAAUAAACGAAGUCUUUAUUAAUACAGAUUUGAAUAUCGAAAAUCUCAGUGAAGAGUCGGAUAUUAUUUUUGAUCUUUCUGAAAGUGCCUCAAUCUCAGAAAUUAUUAAAGAUUUUACAAAAAAGCAUCAAAUAAUUCUUGUUUCAAUCCAAAAUCCUGCUAAUUCAUACACUGAUUGGCAGUAUUUUACUCAUCCUACAAAUUUGGAAAAUUUAAUGGCUUUAUCAAGCAUACUUAGUUUUUUAAAUUGAGAAAAAUUUAUUAUUAUUUUUGAUGAAAAUACAAUUGACUACCUCAAGGACUUCAAAGAUCAGUUCUUAUUAAAGCAAUUAGUGCCAUUUUUUUUUAGCAACAAAGAAACCCAAACAUUUUCAGAUAAUUUUAUUGGGAAGGUAGUCAAAUCUACUGGAAUCAGAAAUAUUGCCAUUUUAAACCAAUGAAAAAGUGCCUCAAAAUUAGUUAAAAGUUUGAGGAAUAAAAAUAUGAUGAAGGAAGGAAUCGGGAUAAUUUUGGGAAGCUGAAGCUGAUGGGAUGUAAAUGAAAAUGGAAUUUUGGGUUAUACCGAAUCAGGGCUUGAAAAUGCUACAGGCUACUAUAGUUAUGAAGCUUUAGCUUGCGUCAAAUUAAUGGACCUGAUACUCACUUUCCCUUCUAGCAGCAAUAAUUUAGAGUUAAUAGAUUACUUAGAGCAAAAUACAAUAAACCACCAUCCAAUCCCAAGUUUUACAAUUAUGAACUCAUAUAAUAACGAAAAAAGAAGAGUUGGAGCAAUGGCUGAUGGAGCGAUUAUUUGAAAUGAUGAUUUAAUUUUCGUUGGAAAUUCAUCAUCUAUACCAAAUUCUCCAACAACACCGAUAAAUAUAUGAAUAGCAGAUGGUAAGACAAAUCCUGGAUUUGCAAAUAGUGAGUUGCCAUAUUCCAUUAAAGCAGGAGCACGCUAUGCUUUACUUUCUUAUAAACAAAAGACUCACUUUCUCGAUGGCUUUGAUAUUGUGCUCACGCAUACUGACUGCGGAGCCGAAGUCUACGAGCCAGCCUUUUCUUUGAAAUGCUUUUCUGAAUUAAAAGGCAACCCUGGUAUUGUUUUUAUGACGACUCCACUUCCUACCACCUUAUUUGGAAAUUUGAUUUCUAUGAAAGCUUUGAAUAUUACAAUGCCAGUUAUAUCCGAAUAUGCAACUCCUCAAGCAUUAGAAAGUAAAACCAAUUACCCACAAUUCAUGAGAAUUGCAGGAUACGACCUAUACCAUACUAGUGUCCUUACUACACUAAUCAAUGUUUUUGGAUGGAAGAAUAUAGUUUUAAUACUAGAAAACUCGACAGACAAUAUUGCUAUUCACGAUUAUAUUGUCAAUUGGGCAGAAGAAUUUAAAAUUAACAUUGCAAACAAAGAAGAAGACAGAUGAAUAAUGCUGAGCUAUAAUCAUACUAGAUUUGAUACGGUAAAAGAUUGAAUGAAGAGAAUAAUUGAUUUAAAAGUGAGGCCUAUGCUAUUUUAUGUCACUCCACCAUUUGAGUAUAAUGCAAUUGUUGAUUUUUAUGAAGCUGGCUUAAGGCAAGGAAAUUGCAUUUUUUUACUUACUAAUAGAGUUGCUUUUGUUCAAACUAAGGUAAAUGGUGAUGUUGCUAAGCAAAGAUUAAGAGAACUGCUAUACGGUGCAUUAAUAAUAAUGGAAGCUGAAUAUAUCGGAGAAUAUGGUCAAGAAAUUUUGAAAGAGCUACAAGAGUAUUACUAUCCUUUAUUUUAUAGCGAUUGAAAGUGCUUAUCAUUUGAUGCUGCUAUGCUGAUUUUGAAUGGAUUAAAAUAUACAUUAGCUCAAGGGGAUGAUUAUGAAGAUAAUUCUGUAUUCAAUGCAAAUCUCAGACUUCAAAAAUUCUUGAGCUGCUCAGGGACUGUUUCAAUUGAAUCUGAUAGCAAUAAUCGAAAUUCGGCAACCCUCGGGAUCUAUAAUAUGAGGUGAAAUGAAAGCACUGGAUUGAUCUAUGAAUCGCUAACUGGCACAUAUAGUGUUGGAAGUAAACAACUGUUCACAUUUUUCGAUAACAUUAUUUGAUUUAGCAAUAAAACAACUCUUCCUGAUGAUAAGAUUGUGUACGAUAAUGGAUGCCCUUUUGAUAAGAGUGAAAUCAGAUUCUCUGCAAAAGGAGCAGCAAUUUUUUACUCUUCAUCAUCUUUCAUUUUUAUUGUAGCAAUCAUUAUAUCUUUCUAUGUAUGGAAAAAGCGUUGGCAUGCGAAAGAUCCAGAACCAAUAAAAAAAUCAAGAAUUCAAUUUGAGGAUUAUAUAGCUAUGAUUGCGGUUUUUAUCGAUUUUUUCCAAUUCCUUUCUCUUGGUCCUGACUUCAGUUACGAUGUUAUUUCAACGAAAGUAUCGUCUUGAGUUUCAAUAAAUAUAACCCAGGCUCCUCAUAUCUCGCCUUCGUCUACCAACUUUCAGGCUAAAUCUUGAGUUUAUUUUGAACCAACAAUUGUCAAACCAAUUCCACGCAUUGAUAAAUAGCAGCUAUAGGUAAAAUGUCAUCUUGUGGAGUUCGUUUGGCAAACUUCUGAUUCUAAACAAAUUCAACGAAUAGACCAAAAUUUGGUAUUCAGAGCGAAUAUAAUUAGCCCUGGGCCAUAUAGGAUGACUGAACAAAGGAGAAAAACUCUGGAUAUAUGCGAAUUGCGCUGUAGUGAUUGUUGCUUUAUGAGUAUUCUUCAGUAUUCAAAUCGCUUUUAACUUAUUUGAAAAGUCUGAUAAUACUUUCAGCUCAACUAUCCGAGCAAUGUCAAAAUUAUCAUUAACAAUAAUAGGAAACUUGGGUUUUUUGCCUCUUAUUUCUGUAUUUUUAAGCUCUUUUGCAUGCUAUGAAUCUAUAGGUCCAAAUAUAAAACAAACAUUUGUACAUCAAGACUGCUCUACAUUUUGUUGGCAAGAUAAGCAUAUCAUAUGGGCUACACUAUCUAUUAUUUCAUUACUUAUUUAUUUACCCUCAGCUAUAUAUUUUAGGCCAUUUGUAGAUACUAUGAGCAACGGAAAUAUAAAAUCUAAGCCUUUAUUUAUGAUGGCAAAAGGAGUUUUGCAAGUGAGUGCAAUUAUUUUAAGUAAGACACUAAAAGUUUACUAUGCGGGUUUGCAUGGACUUAUUUAUAUCUUGCUCGUUUCAAUUUUUACUGCGUUUUGCAUUAAGCUUAAGCCAUAUAACUAUGGCCGAGUGAACCUCUGGCUAAUUAUGUCUUAUUUGGCUGUUAUAUGAAGCGUAUCAUUAUCUUCUAUUUCUUCUAUUUCAUCAUAUCAAUCUAUACCAUUAUGACUAACAGCUGAUUUUAUAGGCUGGGCAUUAUUGACUUUCACAGGGCUGUACAUCCAAGCUUGGUAUUGCCCAUCAAUGCUAUUUACUGAAGAAAAUGGUGAUAUUGGGGUGCUAUUUAGAUUUCAGCUUGGAAAGUCAAUAAAUGCAGACAAAAUUAACCAGAUCAUAAGGGAAAGGAAAUUUGAAUCAGCGAGAUUUAGUAGUAAUUUUUUAAAUCUUUCCGAUAGAACCCAAAACAAUUUUAUUGUAGAUAAAGGCAAAGACUGUAAAAAAGGAGAAGUACUGCCAUUUAAACUUUCGUAUCAUUAA